GUGUAUACGCACAGCACCUCAAACAUGACUGGAUUAUUAUACUUCAUAUGUCUUGUCCUUAAACAGUGUGCAUAUGCUGUGUUUGUACUGCGUGUGUCUCAACCAGAGUCAGCAGUGAGAGUUCAGCCUGGACACUCUACAACUCUUCCGUGCUUCACACCAGAUGAUGGACACUUUAAAGUGUUCUGGUUCAAAUUACAAAACAGUUCUGCUCCAGUUUUUGUGGCUUCGGCUGAAUCAGACAAAACUGCCAUAAUAGUUGGAGACAAAUUUCAGGAUCCCACAAAGUAUACAUUAACAUGGAACAAGCUCAGCUUCAGUCUCUCAGUACUGAACAUGGAGCAAACAGACAUCGCUGUGUACUACUGUGGGAUUAUUAUUUAUCGUGAGAUGUAUUUUGGAAAUGGAACAAGACUGAUGUUUGAAGAGCAUUUUAAUGGAAGGAAAAAAAUUCAGGAAAAGGAAGAUGACUGCAGGAAUCAGUUUGUCUUUGUUUGGCCAACACUGAUGACAAUCAUUGUGGUGUCCAUACUUCUCAACGUCAUUCUGUUUUACAUCUUAAAGAAACAUAGAGCAGGCAUUUCACAAACUAAUGCCAGUCAAAAUUCAAAAACGGAGGAGGUGAACUAUGUAGCAUUAACAUUUGCUCACAAUCAGAAGAAAAUUAAACAGAGACCAAAAAAAGAUCGAGAGCACCAGGUAACAUAUGGAGCUGUGAAACAUCAAGAGCAUUAA